AUGAGUGCAAAGCUAUUUAGAUUAGACGCCGGCUACCAGCAAUACGACUGGGGUAAGAUUGGCUCCUCUUCUGCAGUCGCGCAAUAUGCAGCGAACUCGGACCCAUCUGUGCAGAUCGAGGAAGACAAGCCGUAUGCAGAGUUGUGGAUGGGCACCCACCACAAGGUACCAUCGCGUCACCACGAUACCAAGGUGGCACUCAGCGACCUGAUCGCAGCAAACCCGGAAGGCAUGCUCGGUUCAGGAAAUGUGGAAAAGUUCCAUUCCAGGAAGGACUUGCCGUUUUUGUUCAAGGUCUUAUCCAUCGAAAAGGUGCUUUCGAUCCAAGCGCAUCCAGAUAAGAACCUCGGGCGCCGGUUGCACAUACAAGAUCCGAAGAAUUACCCGGAUGACAACCACAAGCCGGAGAUGGCCAUUGCCAUCUCCGAUUUCGAAGGCUUCUGUGGGUUCAAACCGCUUGAGGAGUUGGCGGAGGAGCUGCAGCGGAUCCCGGAAUUCCGCAGUCUGGUGGGCGAGGACAUCGCAGCCCAAUUUUGCGCUGGCAUCAAAGUAGGCGCACAGGAGGGAUCCGAGGAGGACAAGUCCAACAGAAAGUUGUUGCAGAGCGUGUUUUCCAAUGUCAUGAAUGCCUCCGAUGACGUUAUUGCGUCCCACGCCCGCCAUCUGGUGGAGCGCGCCAAGCAGUCACCUGCGGACUUCAACAACGAGACUCUUCCCGCCCUGAUCCUCAGACUGAACGAACAAUUCCCAGAAGACGUCGGUUUGUUCUGUGGCUGCCUGAUGCUGAACCACUGUGUCUUGAAGGCGGGCGAGUCCAUCUUCCUAAGAGCGAAGGACCCACACGCUUAUAUCACCGGCGACAUCAUUGAGUGUAUGGCGGCAUCCGACAACGUGGUCAGAGCUGGCUUCACUCCGAAGUUCAAGGACGUGAAAAACCUGGUCGAGAUGCUAACAUACAGCUAUGACUCUGUUGAGGACCAGAAAAUGAAGCUACUGCCUUUCGCUAGGUCCUCGGGCUCCGGUGACAGCAUUCUAUACAACCCUCCAAUUGAGGAGUUUGCAGUUUUGCAAACGAACUUCCACGGCAGCACCGGUACUCAUCACUUCGACGGUUUGGAUGGGCCAUCAAUCGUCAUUACCACCAACGGGAGUGGCUACAUCCAAUCAGGAGAUGUUAGGUUGAAGGCGGAAGCCGGCUAUGUGUUCUUUAUUGCCCCACACGCGGAAGUUGACCUUCAGACGGAGGAUUCAAACUUCACCACCUAUAGAGCGUUCGUGGAGCCUAACUAA